GCCUUCAAAUUUAUCAUGCUGACCGUUCUCGGGAACAGCGAUGUGUCUGUGAUUUACGACGUGUCUCCCGUGCUUGGUUCGCUGCUGAUCAUCAUGUUUCUGGUGAGUAUUUUCUUCAUCAUCAUGAAUCUGUUCUAUGCGAUUGUCGUCAGCACGCUCUCAGAUGCCAAAAUCGAAGAAGAUGCAAAGCAGAAAAAGAAAUGGGCGGUACUCUCAGACCGUUUGAGUGAAACCUGGAAAGCAAUGAACCGUGGUGGCCAGCUGGAGAAGCAGAUCCGUGGAUGUGUUCCUGGUCUCUACUCCCGUAUGCUGAAGCGCUACAAGCGGCUGGAGGAACGAGAGCUCGCCAGAGACGAGUCUGUUCGGAAGAAGCAGCUUCAGAUCGUUCUGUCUGACACCAGUCAGAAGCUGGGCCCGGCUAACCCAGUGUGGGGUCGGCGCACCAAGCGUCAGUUAGCCACGGUUCAAAUUGAGGACAAG